AUGAAAGAAGCCCCAACACCACUCGCGGAUGGCGAACGAACAGCUCUGUCAGUCGAUGACGUCGAUCGACUUGCCGCAAUACGGUCCUGGCCCAGGACACGGCUCAAGUAGUUAUCACAAUGCUUGGGAAGAUCGUGUCGAUUGAUCGAUCCCUCAACAGGGAUGCCUCCCGUGUAGUAAGUGACGCGAACAGCAAAACGUUUAGGGGAGCAGCCCGUUGAUAUACCUUCAUGAUGUCAGCGAACCAUCCAUCCAGCCUCAGAGAUGCGGACAACGAACGGGUGGGCCGACCCGAACUGUUCUCGAGACAAAUCGGCCUCGAGCUCGCGACACCCGAAGCGAUCGUCGUGGAAGCUCUGCAACGAAUUCGGGACAAAUUCUCUCAAGAAAUGGCUGCCGCCUGCAGCAUAGCACGGAUUCGAGUAAGUAACUUCAUGAAAUGUGCUCUAGGUGUGGGGUUCUUGAGGAGCUAAUGGAAGACUACCAAGCAGCAGUUCCCUUCAACACGUCUGCGUUGAAUGUCAACCCUCGAGUUGCUUUCCUCCAUCAUCAACUGGUGACAGUGCAUUCGUGAGUUUCACGUGACAUUGGCUGUGCAGUCGGGUAUGACGGAAAAAUUGCUACAGAUGGACAACAGCAAGAAUACUGAUAAUUUUAACAGGCUCUGGUUCGGUGGAUUGCGGCUCACCAUCCCGUGGCAGAUCCUCAACGGCUCGGUUCGGUGGAGUGUGGAGUGACUGUCAUGUUGGCAGGUGUGUGCCAAUCUUUCAAAAGCAAAUCGCAGGGCAGCAUGACUAACUGACCGGUUGAACUGUAACAUCACAGGGAAUCCGAAGCAAUGCCUUCCCGUUAUUCCAAGUCAUCGCCUACACGAAUCGUCGACGCUUGCAUCAUGAAUGGUGACUUCUGGGGGGACAAAAGCAAAGCACAGGGCAGCAUGACUAACUGAUCGGUUGGACUCUAACAUCACAGUGGAUCCGAAGCAAUGCACUCCCGUUAUUCCCAAGUCAUCGCCUACACGAGUCGUCGACGCUUGCAUCAUGAAUGGUGACUUCUGGGGGGAAGGUGAGGUGCUGCAUCUCUGUAAGUAGUAGUCCUUGCCCGAUUUUUAGACCCUAUACUAACAGCGGCACGGUACGAGCGCAGACAACAUGCGUCUUCUCGCCGCUGCCGACCGCAUGGCCGAAACGGAACGGGCAAAGGCAUUAUGUCGAUAGGCGAAAAGUCGAAUACUUCCGAGAUCGAGCAAUUCUGGCGCCCAAGAACUCGCAGGUGGAUCAGAUCAACGACAUGGUGCUCGACCUGCUGCCGGGUGACGCUCAAACGUUCUACAGCGCGGAUUCCGUCAAAAACGAAGACGAAUCACUGUUCUUCAGAGUCUCAACAUCGCCGGGAUGGCGUUGCACGCUGCAAAAUUCAAAGUGGAAACUUGGACCCCGCCGCGGGCUUUGCAACGGCACAAGACUGUUGUCAACUCGGUUACACACCCGCCUGCUCGAGGCCAUCAUUCUCACAGGAGAUCAUGCUGGACAGCCAGUUUUGUCGCAGUUUCCAAUUCGGCUGGCAAUGGCUAUGACGUACAGCAAGUUGCAAGAGCAGUUGCGCAGGUAGGAGUGUGUCUGGAGACGCCCGUCUUUUCUCACGGCCAGUUGUAUGUCGCGUUGUCCCGAGCAACGAAUGUGGACAAUGUCAGAAACGUCCUGAAAUGA